GAGUGUGUAUUGAGCAUGAAGUCUCUCAGAGAAAUCCAAAAUGGCAUCUAUGAAAACAUCUCCAAGUCUGGUCAAUUUCUUUAUUUACAAUUCCACUUUUGGACCUAAGGAAGGAAUGGAAAAGGAAAAGAUAAUUCUCUACAUCCCGACUGGUGAAGAACUAGACAAGAAAAUAAAAAACAUUGGCCUUUGUGAAGCAUUGGUUAAGUUCACUGAGACAUUCUCACCAGAAAAACCAUGCAACUCUUUGCACACACAGAAAACAAGACAGGUCUUCUUUGAAGCAGAACCAGAAUUCUGGAUGAUCAUGACAGUGAGCAUUCCCUUCAGUGAGAAGAUGACUAAGGAUGGCAAGAUGUUUGUUGAAUAUCAUGAUGAAGAUGUUUUGGAUUCUGUGCUAGAUGGUGUUUUAAAACAGGCAUACAAAAUGUUUAAGCUUUUCAAUGGCACAUUCUCCUACAUUUUGAAGACCUACAACAUUGAAGCUCUAUGUAAGAGAUUGGAGCAUUUUUAUACCUCUUAUUUACAGACCCUCAACUUCUCUCAGUUUAACCUUUUGGAUGUCUUUUCUGGGAUCAAUUUUCUACCAUUAGAUAAAAACACCUUUUUAAGGAUACAAUCUUUUAUCAAUGUGAUUGAACAUACAUUCAGCCAAGUAAGAUAUACAUCCUUCCUUUAUUCUGAAAAACUGGUCUGGAGUGGUCUUGAGCAGGAAGACAUGCGUAUCCUUUACAAGUACUUGGUGACAAGUUUAUUUCCUUCCACAAUAGACUUAGAGAGUAUGGAAAAUCCAAGAUCUCAAGGAUAUGUUAUAGUUCAACCCAAGCCUCACCAUGGAAGGUUCAUAACAGGUCCCACUGAAUUGGAUGACGUUCCAAUACCAAGAACCCCACCAAAGAUAUUUGUUAACACAGAUUCUGAACAAGAAGAACUUAUAUUAGUGGUGUACAAGGCACUUGAAGCAACAAUAUGCCUGAUGAUCUCUGGUUCAUACCCAACUCUAGACUUUUUUAGGAAGAUUGACAACUUUAUUGGCCCUCAACUUACCACACUGGCCAAUAUUAUUGGUGAGCAAAGUGCCAAGAAACAGCAAAGCUCAGACCAACAAUAUCGCUAUCUGUACUUCAACCACAUGAACUUGGCUCAGAAGUCAUCUGUUCACUCCAAAAAGUCAUCACUUCCAUGUGUUGCACCUGAGAUAAUGAGGCUUAUGGGUGACAUAAGUGCUGACUUUGCAAGUUUUCAGGAGGAUGGUGAAACAUUUGUGAAAACAAUGUCAGAUUGCUGGAUUGUGGGAAGAAAAUCUGACCAACGAGAAUUAUUUGUGAUCUUAAAUCAAAAGAGUGCAAACCUCAUAGAGAUUGAUGAGGAAGUUAAAAGAUUGGGCAUCACACAAUUUCACAACAUCUUCUUCCUGGACUAGCAUGAAGAAAAACAGUGGUACUGCAGGCAACAAACAUAUAGUGGCUGUCUCAGGGUAAAAUGGUCACUCAAAAUAGAUUAUCUAGUAAACAAGAUGUGGGCUGACCUCCCUUUUUGGACAGGGAAAUGUCACUCUGUCAAUGAAACGGUAGAAUAGUUGGGAUCUUGGCAUGAAAUGGAACAAAAUUUUUUAUCAAAAUUGCAGGAAUGGGAAUGGAACUCUAUUGGUUUUGAAAAAACAGCAAUUUCUAAUAGGAAGGAGGACAUAUCCAAAAAAGUAUGAAAUUAAUUUAGUGAAACAAAUUUAAGAAUAAAAGUUAUGAAAUAUGCUUUCCUCUAUUUUCUCUUUUCUGUGGUGUAGAUGUUAGUAAAUCAAAUGUAAAUGUAAGUGAAUUACAAUUAUUGGAAGUGGAAAUUUUUCAAAUAUUGUUAUUAUGUUGUAUUUAACAAUUGGCUCAUACAUUGGCAUGCAUUCAUUGAGAUAUGAAGCACACAGGAAGUUUGAAGAGCACAAAAGAUGCAUAAAAGUUGCUCGAGGCUAUGCCUUUAGCAGCUUUUAGCUUCUUUAGUGCUCUCCAAACUUCCCAAGUGCUUCAUAUCUUGAUGAAUGCACAGCUGACAUAUGAAUCAAUUGUUUUAUAACAUUUUCAACCCAAUGGUUUAAAUGUUGUAAAAGGGUUUAUAUCCUUCAGGAAAACAUUUUGCUAUGCAGUAAACGAUCUUGUUUCCAUGUUUAGCUUAAAUUGCUGCCUUAAAGUCUUGACCAGUUUUUUAGUAGUAAAAUCCCACAGUAAAAAAUCGUGGAGAAAAUUUUUUUUCUCAAGGGAUUUGUUUGCUGACAUCAUGAGCAUGCACAAUAGGAAUAUGAAGCACACUCAUGCAAUUGAAUUUGAUUAGACAAAUUAGCUUGUUUGUAGUAAAAGUAAAGAAAAAAUUUCAUCAAAUGAAGGCAGUAAUUAUUUAUUUCAAGUAAAAUUGUACAAGAUUUACAACAUUACAAAUUGCUGUUCUUAAAAUUCAAACUUUCCCAUUUUUAUAUACAGUAAAACAAUAUUAAUAGCAGAUGAAUAAAAAGCAACUUUGACAGGAAAAACAUUUAACUUCAGUAUUGUCACCAAAUCAGAAGUAAUGAAUUAAUUGAACACAAAAUAUAUUAGUUGACAACAUUAUGUUGAAGAUGUAGGAUAUUUUAAAUACUUUGACUCUUCAAAGUGAUAAGUAUCUCAAAUUUAAUGCAAUAUUGGGCAGGAAGGUAAACAGAAUAUCAAGAUUACAGUAUCAACUGAUGGAUUUUACUGUAGUAUAUCAGGGUGUUCCUCAUGCAUUGAAAACAAACUCUAUGCUAAUUUAGCAAAAUUCCUGGGCUCAAUUUCAAUAGCCUGUGAGCAAUUUUUCAUUCAGAUGUUGAGAAUGUCCUUCAGUUACUCAACACUACUCCCCUGCCGUAGUACCAGUUAACUGUACCUUUCUUGAUGGGAAGCCUGUGAUAUGGCACCAAAUUUUCAGAAGUAGUCAACAGAGAAAUAUAUGGCCAUGAGAUUAAACAAAAGUCCAAAUUCACUUAGACCAACAGUUAUAGAACAGAACCAGCAGAAGGGUACAAACAAAAAGAAGAAGGGAUAAGGUAAAAUUGUUUAACCCAAUCUCCUUCUUGUUCCUUGCUAUCAUCUUGGGCUACUGGCACUGUUUUGCAGCUGUUGUGAUCAACUGAAUGCCUGGGAAAGGCUAUAGAGAGCAUGGAGAAUGAGUUCUCAGAUCCUCUGAGGGAAAAAAUGAAUUCUGUAUGCAUUAUGCAAGCCCAACACUGCCACUAGUUGUAGUUCUCUGUAAAAACAUGAAUAUUGCAUGCCAAACACUAUCUUGCAGGGAGGCCAUGAAAUUGUUUUAAAG